AGAAAAUAUAGGAGUGAGAAAAAAAGAAAAGAAAAAAAAGAAAAAAAAGAAAAAAAGAAAAAAAAAAAGAAAAAAAAGAAGAAAAAAAAGAAAAAAAAGGAGGCGCCCGAUAGGCGACUCCGGACCAAAUGAUAGGCGCUUCUCGUGUUUUGAACCCCAAGGCCAGAACUCUCCUUCUCAGCCACACUCAGUUUCUCCCGUGCUCGUCUCUGCAAGAGUUUUCUUGCGUUCCAACCCCAACCUAUUCCUUUCCCAGAGGAGUGGUCUGGUGUCACUCGUUUCUUGUCGGCGCCGUGUCAUAUUCGAUCGCUGGGCACGCCAGCCUCGACUUCUUCCAUCGUUGCCCGGGCAGUGCGUUUUAGCCCGUUUCACUCUUUUUGGCAGCCGCCGUCCUCUUACCGCGAUCGUUUGCUGUCUUUAUCGUUGAGCGUUGUCGGCCUGUGUAUCAGCGCGGCCGUCGUCGUUUCUUUUCGAUACUCGUUUCCGCGUCGCAUUCUCCGUCUCGUAUACCUACCUUGGACAUAUUCUCUCUCUCGAUACCCACGCCACGACUCGACGACCUUUGCAGACCUUGAUUGGUACAUGCUAGCGAGAAUCCGCUCAGCGCAGUCAGCCUUCCAACAUCUCAGCCCGGCCGUCCAACUUUUGCAGCCCCGACUUGGUUGCCAUCGAAACGCCCUGUCAACCGGCAUCUUCAUUCGCUCCAGCACCGAAAAGUCCACGCCGCGGUUCCCAUAGCCUUCGAUGUUGGACCAUCGCGUUGGGUUGGCCAUUUAGACUUUUCGCCAACCGCACGAGGAACCGUGCCUGCCCUCGCUCAAACCUCACAUAACGAAGGAAAGGCGACGCGCAGUGGGCACCAAGCUUCGUGCACCUACUCAUUUGCGGCCCCUGCUUACAUACGAACAAACGACUCCGCUGAGCAGGAAAUUUGGGCAAAAGAAAAGGGCGACUGAAUCUGCUCAUUGAGUCUACUCGCCGCCUUCCAUUGUUGUAGACGACUGGACCGAGGGCCAACUCGUCAAGAGGAGGGAUUUUGCCUGCUCUACUCCAAGGCGUUGGACUCGGGAGUUUCUUGUUUCUUCGAGGCACGGUGCCUUCAGUCCCGCUGCCGGCGCCGCUCGGUCGCAACACCCCAUUGGUGCCGCACGCCUGCCUGCGGCCCGUCGCCCAAGAAACCCCUGCCAGAGCGCAGGGAUUGCGGGCAAAUCCACAAAUAAUCCUGCUGGGCCAGCGCUUCUCCUCGCCAUGUCCAAUCGAGAGUAGGUUCCAUCCUCGCCUCCACCACCACCCCCGUCCGCAAUCAAAAUCACAACAACGGCACGGGCAAGCAAAGGAGACACGCUUGUCGUCGUCUUCAAUCCGCCGCGCAUCCACGCGGGUUUUCAGACCGACGAGAUCGUCACCGCCUCGGCCUCUGCCCGUGGUGUUUUGUGGCUGCAAAGUGCUUGUUGCUUUUGCGACGCUUUCCUUCUUUCGUUUUGCAUUUCUCCUGCAUUCGCAGCCCCCCGGCCUCCGAUCGUUGUUUAUUUGGAAAUUAUCCCCAAUAGGGAACAUGUCGCUCCCAGAAAGACCUGGAGGGGCCCCCUACGACCAGAGAAAUGCCUAUAGGCAGUCGACGUCGUCGCGGCGCCAGCGCCCUGGCGACAUCGACCCUGCUGGCUAUUCCUCUGUAAAAGGUGGAGCGCAUCAACGUGGGAUCUCGGUCAAUUCCUUCGCCGAGACGAUAACAUCGCCUAACCCGAACAUAGAGAGCGCACCUUUAUCCCCGACCGGCGAACGAAUCGAGCAUGGCGACACGCAGCCGUUCCAGAGGAAGCGGAGUCUGAUCCGGCCCGAGAGGAACCGGAUUGACAAGGACCACCCCAACUACCACUACCGCAAGCACGCCGCCAAGAUGGCCACUCUGCCCUCCUCCACCGGAAACGACCCCGUCCUCGAGGACAUCUCGGGUUCGACCGACCGGUCUGGGGGUACCGGCGAGGGCUCCGGUUCCGGCUCGGGCGUUCGCGAGGAGAAUAUCCCGGUACGUAAGACGCGCGGAUCCGGCCGCGAUAGCGAACCCGAAAAGUCUUCUCGUGCUAGAAGACGCACUUCUGCGCGGACUACCAAGAUUGUCAAGGAGGGCAAGGGUAAGCGUAAAGAGAAGAUACCCGAAAAUCUCCGCCCGCCCAGCGCCUGGAACGUCUAUUGCGCCAUCCUCACUUUCUGGUGUCCCGACUUCAUCAUGAAGUGCUGCGGCAUGCCGGCCAAGGCGCAACGGAGAGCCUGGCGUGAAAAGAUGGGCCUGAUCAGUAUCAUCCUGUUCAUCAUGGCCGUCGUGGGUUUCCUCACCUUUGGCUUUAAUCAGGCCGUCUGUGGAGGCCCCGGCAUCCGCCUGCACCAGAACGAGGUUGGCAACAACUUUAUGAUUUUCCACGGAACUGCCUAUGACUUUGACGGCUCCCACCAUCCUGUGGCUGAGGGAAUCCCCGCGCGUGCGGACAGGACGGGCGCCAACGUGGUCUACGACUUGCCCGAGAAGAACGGGGGCAAGGACGGUAGCUUCCUCUUCCAGAACGUCAACGGUAAAUGCAAGGGCCUCAUUACCAAGGCCAGCGGGUCGCCAAUCCCUUCUGAAGGCGACAAUCUAGGCUGGUACUUCCCCUGCCACGUUCGCAACCAGGACGGCAAGUCUCUGCCAAACUCUACGUAUCCGCACUACUUCGGCUAUGCUUGCCACACCACCCCCGAGUCCCGCAGGUCGUUCUAUACGGAUCUCAAGGGUAGCGCCGAUGUCUACUUCACGUGGAAUGACAUCCGCAACGACACUCGCAACUUAUUUGUCUACUCGGGCAACGUUCUGGACCUUGACCUUCUGUUCUGGUUCAACCCGUCAGAAGUCAACAUCCCCAAGCGCUUCGAGGAGCUCCGCGACAGGAACAGCCUCGCCAACAAGGCCAUCCGCGGUCGCGAUGCCACCCGCAUGUUCCAGGGCUCGGGCGACAAGCGGAACGCCGAGUGCUUUGAGGAGAUUAUAAAGGUCGGCACAGUGGACACUGAUUCCGUCGGCUGCAUAGCGUCCAAGGUCGUCCUCUAUGUGUCUCUGGCCCUGAUCCUGUCGGUCGUCCUGACGCGUUUCCUCCUCGCCCUGAUUUUCCAGUGGUUCAUCAGCAAGAACUACGCUGCCGUCAAGACCUCUCAGACCUCGGACUCCCGCAAACGCAACCGGCAGAUCGAGGAGUGGACCGAUGAUAUCUACCGCGCCCCUGCUCGCAUGCCUGGUGACAUUGGCAGCAGCGUCGCCGGAGCCAGCUCGUCGGAUCACACCAGCAAACGCACCUCGUUCCUUCCCACCACUUCGCGUUUCUCAACCGUGUACGGAGCGGAGCGAAACCCCCGCAACAAGUCCAUGCCGACCACUAUGGCCAGUCAGGCAUCGGGCGGAAACCUCCACCCCAGCUCCUCGCUCUACCGCCAGGGUAACGAUAGCCGUGCUAGCUUCCUCAAGUCCGACCCCUACUCCACGAGCACUGCACCGGUCGAUGGGCCGGGUCCGGCUGGCUUUAUACACGAAGCCGUCGUUCCUCAGCCCCCCUCGGACUGGAUGCCGUUCGGAUACCCGUUGGCGCACACUAUCUGUCUCGUCACCGCCUACUCCGAGGGCGAGCUGGGUGUUCGCACCACCCUGGACUCGAUCGCCAUGACGGACUACCCCAACAGCCACAAGGUCAUCCUCGUUAUUUGCGACGGAAUCAUCAAGGGCAAGGGCGAGACUCUGUCGACUCCUGACAUUAUACUUGCGAUGAUGAAAGAUCAUGCCGUUCUGCCCGAGGAGGUGCAGCCCUUCUCGUACGUCGCUGUGGCUAGCGGAGCCAAGAGGCACAACAUGGCAAAGAUCUACGCCGGCUUCUACGACUACGGAGUCGAGUCCCGCAUCCCGCUGGAUAAGCAGCAGCGCGUCCCCAUGAUGGUCGUGGUCAAGUGUGGCACCCCCGACGAGGAGGUCAAGUCGAAGCCCGGCAACCGCGGAAAGCGUGACAGUCAGAUAAUCUUGAUGUCCUUCCUGCAAAAGGUCAUGUUCGACGAGCGCAUGACGGAACUCGAGUACGAAAUGUUCAACGGGCUUUGGAAGGUUACUGGCAUCUCGCCCGACUUCUACGAGGUCGUACUUAUGGUUGACGCCGAUACCAAGGUCUUCCCCGACAGUCUGACGCACAUGAUCUCGGCCAUGGUCAAGGACCCUGAGAUCAUGGGUCUCUGCGGCGAGACCAAGAUCGCCAACAAGCGGGACAGCUGGGUGUCUGCCAUCCAGGUGUUCGAAUACUUCAUCUCGCACCACCUCUCCAAGUCGUUCGAAUCCGUCUUUGGCGGCGUCACGUGUCUGCCAGGCUGUUUCUGCAUGUACCGCAUCAAGGCCCCCAAGGGAGCCCAGAACUACUGGGUCCCCAUCCUGGCGAACCCCGACGUCGUGGAGCACUACUCGGAGAACGUGGUCGACACUCUGCACAAGAAGAACCUGCUGCUCCUCGGUGAGGAUCGUUACCUCACGACGCUGAUGCUGCGCACGUUCCCCAAGCGCAAGCAGAUAUUUGUUCCCCAGGCCGUCUGCAAGACCACUGUGCCCGACAGCUUCAUGGUUCUCCUCUCCCAACGUCGUCGCUGGAUCAACUCGACCAUCCACAACCUCAUGGAGCUCGUUCUCGUCCGGGAUCUUUGCGGCACUUUCUGCUUCAGCAUGCAGUUUGUUAUCUUCAUUGAGCUGAUCGGAACCCUCGUCCUCCCCGCUGCCAUCGCCUUCACGUUCUACGUCGUCAUCAUCUCCAUUGUCCAACAACCGCCACAAAUCAUCCCUCUUGUCCUCCUUGGUCUAAUCCUCGGUCUCCCCGCCAUUCUAAUCAUUGUGACGGCCCACUCGUGGACGUACGUGGCGUGGAUGUUCAUCUACCUGCUCUCGCUUCCCGUGUGGAACUUUAUACUCCCGACAUACGCCUUCUGGAAGUUUGACGACUUCUCGUGGGGUGACACACGCAAGACGGCUGGCGAGAAGACGAAGAAGGCCGGCAUCGAGUACGAAGGCGAGUUUGACAGCAGCAAGAUCACGAUGAAGCGAUGGGCCGAAUUCGAACGGGAUCGGAGGAACCGCAACAACUACUGGGGACCCGGCGCCGGCUCGACCGAGAACCUGCCGGGCGGCAGGGGAAGGUCCAGUGGUGUCUGGGCCAGUCCCCCGGGUCACCAGCAGUAUGACGAGUACUACUCGGACGCAUGAGUCUUGGGUUAAAGCUGGACCGAGUUGGGGAAGCACACACGGAGCUCCUUGGUACAUUUGUUUGAAGAAAAAAGGGCACGCACGGGCACUGAUUCACUGUUUACUUUCUUCCUCCCAAGUCGUUGAGGCAUAGAAGCGUACCUAAUUACCGUAAUCGUCAGUUGGGCAUCCUUACCUUAUCCUUCCCGAUUGGUUUCUUCAUGUUCUUUCCCCCCUGUCAACAUUCUUGGACAGUUCGAUCAACGUUUUCCUCUCUUGUCCUUCUCGUUACUCUUCAUGUAAUUAUCCGAGGUCUCGUUAGCAGGUCCUGUCGAGGCCGCUCGCGUUGGUCCUCUCCACCACGUUGCUUUUCACCUGCUAGGUUCUUACGACUGGCAUGUUUGGAUAGAUUAGAAACAGGAAUGGGUCAUGGAACCAACCCCUGGCGGUUGCUUGCUUUUUUUCUUUUGCGUAUAGCUGUUUGUGUCAUUGGCUUCUCAAGAUGUAGUUGGUCUUUCGUAGUCUAGCACCAGUUUACGGAACACGGCGUCAAUGCCAGGUACUACAUCCACCAUUUUGUGUCCCUUUGGGCACGCGUGUUCUUGGCCAUUCAUCUCAUUUUAUACCAUUGCAUAAGUUGCACAGAUGCUGUGUGCCACUUUCGAACGGGACCGUU